AUGGCCACUAUGACAACGAACGGGAAGGCGAAAGGGGCUGCAGGCGCUAAGAAACUUGUAAUCAAGCCCUUGAAGCAGCAACCCAAGCUGCCGGCAAACUUUGAGCAAGACACAUGGGCCAAGCUGGAGGACGCCGUCGAUGCGGUCCACUGCAAGCGCACGGUCGCGUGCAGCCUGGAGGAGCUGUACAGGGCCGUGGAGGACAUGUGCAGCCACAAGAUGCAGGACAGCCUGUACAGGCGCCUGCAGGCGGCCUGCGACGCGCAUAUACAGCGGGCUAUGGGGACGCUACAGGAUCAGGUGCAGCUGGACGCGGUGUCGUUUCUCGACCGCGCCGACGCGGUGUGGCAGGACUACUGCGCGCAGAUGCUGACCGUGCGGUGCAUCUUCCUGUACCUGGACCGCACCUUUGUGGAGGCGCGCAUCGUGCGCGGCCUGCUGCUGCUUAUCGAGCGCGAGCGACACGGCGAGGCCGUCGACCGCCAGCUCAUCGCCAGCCUGCUGCGCAUGCUCAAGGACCUGGGGCUGUACGCGGGGCGCUUCGAGGCGCCGUUUCUGGCGGAGACGGCGGCGUUCUACAAGGCGGAGGGCGCGGCCAAGGUGGUGGAGUGCGACACGGCGGCCUACAUGGCGCACUGCGAGGCGCGGCUGCUGCAGGAGCACGAGCGCAGCCAGCAUUACCUAGACUCGUCCACGCGGCGGCCGCUGGUUCACGAGGCGGAGCAGCAGCUGGUGGCGGCGCACCUGCCCACACUGCUGGCGCAGGGCAGCUUCGCGGCGCUCAUUGACGCGCAGCGCACGGGCGACCUGGGGCGGCUGUUUGACCUGGCCGCGCGCGUCAGCGGGCUGGAGGCGCUGCGCGCCGCGUGGCGCGAGUACAUCCAGGCGGCGGGCAGCGCCAUUGUGAAGGAUGACGAGAAGGACAAGGACAUGGUUGACCGCCUGCUGGCCCUCAAGGGGCGCCUGGAGGCGGUCCUGGACGCGUCCUUCGGCGGCUCCCCCGCGUUCAGCGCCACGCUGCGCGACGCGCUGUCAUACGCCCUCAACACGCGCAAGGACAAGCCGGCCGAACUGGUCGCCAAGUUCAUCGACGCGCGGCUGCGCGCGGGCGGCAACAAAGGCCUCAGCGAGGGGGAGCUGGAGGAGGCACUGGACUCUGCCCUGGGGCUGUUCCGCCUCAUCAACGCUGCGCAGCGCAUGGUGGUCACGUCAUGA